AUGGGUUCCGUCGGCGCACGAGAGCAAAACUACGACGUGUUGAUAAUCGGCGCCGGCCUUUCGGGCAUCUACAGUUUACACGAGGUUCGGAAGAAUCUCCCCUCCUUGAGCGUCAAAGUCCUCGAAGCUGGAGAAAGCGUAGGAGGUACCUGGUUCUGGAAUUGCUAUCCAGGUGCCCGGUUUGACUCUGAAACGAUCUCCUACCAGUUCUCAUGGGACAAGGAACUCUUACAGGAAUGGGACUGGAAGGACACCUUCUCCGCGCAGCCGGACACUCUCAAAUACAUUGAGCGGGUCUGCGAGAAACACGACUUGUACAAGGAUAUUCAGUUCAACACUCGAAUCAAGUCGGCACAUUGGCAGGAUGCGGAACGCACUUGGCUUUUCGUGGAUGAGGCCGGUUUUCACUAUCGUGCACGCUUCUUCAUCAGUUGCUUGGGCGUUCUAUCCAACCCGACACUGCCUGCGAUCCCCGGUAUCAAAGACUUCCAGGGUCAGUCUUUCCAUACAUCGCGCUGGCCAAAGGAUUUCGACAUGCAGCGCGACUUCGCCAACAAACGAAUCGGAGUGAUUGGUACAGGAGCAACCGGGAUUCAAACCAUUACAGAAACAUCCAAAGAGCCCAGUAUUCGAUCGCUCACCGUGUUCCAGCGAACUCCUAAUUGGUCUGCCCCGCUCCGCAACACCAAGAUUACGCCUGAAUACAUGGAGAAGGUGAAGGCUGAAUACGACGCUAUCUUCCAGCGCUGUGCCUCAACCCCGACCGGCUUCCUGCAUCAACCCGACCCUCGCAAGUCUUCUGAGGUGUCACACGAAGAGCGCGUCGCCCUAUGGGAGAAGCUCUAUGCCGAGCCCGGUUUCUCCAAAUGGCUAGGAACAUUCUGCGAUACUUACACCGACCACGAAGCGAACCGACUAUACUCGGACUUUAUGGCGAGCAAGAUUCGAGAAAGAGUGUACGACCCCAUUGUGGCGGAAAGUCUGAUUCCCAAGAAUCAUGGCUUCGGUACGCGACGGGUUCCCCUGGAGAGCGGCUACUUUGAAGCAUUCAAUCAAUCAAACGUUCAUCUCGUCGAUUUGCAAAAGACGCCUAUCGAAAGGGUCACUGCGAAUGGGAUCCUGACUUCGGAUGGCAAGGAGCAUGAGCUCGAUAUCCUCAUCUAUGCGACCGGCUUUGAUGCAAUCACUGGUGCUUUUAAUGCGGUCGAGUGGCAUGGAAAGAAUGAUCGACCGCUCAUCGCCAGUAGCGACAAUGAAACAGGAAAGCGUGCCGUCUGGCUUGACCACCGGCCGUAUACUUAUCUGGGGCUCAUGGCUCCUUCUUUCCCGAAUAUGUUCAUGGUGCUCGGCCCACACCAAUCUUUUGGAAAUAUUCCACGGAGUAUUGAACACGCAGUGCGGGUUGUGAAUCAACUAUUGCAGUUCUGUCACAAUGAGGGCUACACCUUAGUCGAGGCAACUGAAGAAGCCGCGGACAGGUGGACCGAGCAUGUGGUCGAGUGCAGUAAAGGGGCAUUGUCGAACGAGAUUGAUAGCUGGAUGACAGGAGUCAACACGAACGUCCCAGGAAAGACAGUUAGGAGUGUGGCACGAUAUGGAGGCAGUGCGAUCGAAUAUCGUAAGCGAUGUCAGCAGUCUAGAGCGGCUGGUUGGGAAGGGUUCAAAUUUGCACGAGGUUAUUCGCUUUAA